AAAGUCCUGGGUUGCUCUUCGAUAAGAUAGUCCCACACAGAAUAACAGCACCUCUACUAUACCCUGACUCUCAGACUGUUUGACUUGUUCAACCAGGAUGGAUCCCUUCAACGAGAAUAUCUAUGAAAGACCAGAAAAUGGGAGCAGUGAGUCUGAGCCAGAGCACUCUUACCAGAAUCAGUCAUUAGGUAUGUAUGACUUCACCAACCCGGUCAACCAGCCAGAGCAAACCUAUCAGAACCAAUCAGAUGGUACCUAUGAGGUGGUCAGUGAGGCAAUUUAUGAAGAACCUUCAAAAGUAGAGCACUCCUACCAGAUUCGAUCGAAUGGUACAUAUGAAGAGGCCAAUGUGGCAACUUAUGAAGAACCUUCAGAAGUAGAGCACUCCUACCAGAAUCAGUCUUCAGGUAUCUAUGAAAUGCUCAAUGAAGAACCAGCAGAUCAGACUCCAGUGUACAACAACACCAGAGCUGCUGAAGAUGGAGCAUCGACUAGAAAGUCUCCGUCCCCAGAGCAGCCUCCUGCAGAGGAGAGACAAGGCAGUUCAUCUUCAAUCUCAUCCUCCUCAUCCUCAUCCUCAUCACACCCCGAAACCAAAAACAAAGAGGAGAUGCAGAAUCACGAAACGGGUGAGAUGGAAGAAGAGGAAGAAAAACAGAGCCAGGAUGAGGAAAUAGAAGCAAAGGAAGGGAGGGAGGUGGUGGGAGAGGAAAGCAUCCCCAACAUGAAGUGGGAUGUGGGGUCUCCAGAGAUGGAAGUGGAGAGGAAGCGGUUACAGGACAGAGCUUCUUCAUCUUCUUCUUCAUCGUCAUCGGCCUCUAAGAAGGAGCCCGUGAAUGAGGAAGAUGCACCAAAAAUCUGCCUUUUUGCAAGGGCUGGGAGUGACGGGGAGAGCAUCGGAAACUGUCCUUUCUCCCAACGUCUCUUCAUGAUCCUUUGGCUGAAGGGAGUAGUCUUUAAUGUCACUACCGUCGAUUUAAAAAGGAAACCAGCUGAUCUUCACAACCUCGCCCCAGGAACACAUCCGCCAUUCCUUACCUUCGAGGGGAACGUUCUCACAGACGUCAACAAGAUAGAAGAGUACCUGGAGGAGAUGCUGGGUCCACCCAAGUAUCCCAGACUUGCAACAAAGAACCGUGAAUCCAAUGUUGCAGGAAAUGACAUCUUUGCCAGGUUCUCAGCUUAUGUCAAAAACACAAGACCGGAGAAAAAUCGCUCUUUGGAGAAAAGUCUGAACAAAGCCUUGGCGAAACUGGACGAGUAUUUAAUGAGGCCAAUUCCUGAUGAGGUUCAAUCUGGACGGCACAGCGGCGAAGGCCCGUCCACCCGCAAAUAUCUAGACGGCGAUGAACUGACACUUGCUGACUGCAACCUUCUACCCAAGCUCCAUGUUGUUAAGGUGGUUGCAAAGAAAUAUAGAAACUAUGACGUCCCUUCUGAAUUCAAAGGGGUGUGGCGUUACCUUGACAACGCCUACAAGCGAGACGAGUUCACUAACACAUGUGCAGCAGAUGUGGAGAUCGAGCUAGCCUACCAGGCUGUGGCCAAGAGGCUGGAAAAAUGAAGCAACAGCUAAUGACUUCCAGUUGUAAAGAAAAUUACAUCUGCUCCUUACAUGGAAUUUAACAUUUCCACUGCUUAUUUGUAAAUAUAUCUCAAACUAGUAGUUUAUCUCAGUCAAAAUAUGUAUUAAAACAAGAACAAGAGAACUUAACAUAUUCACAACACAUGUAGCCAAUGAUACUAGCAUCUAGGUAACAUCUAAAUGUUCAUAAAAAUUAUAACAUAGCAUUGGAAGCUAAUGAAUAUUUUUUAACAAUACAUGGAUUUUUAGUGAUUUUUCUUCAAAAAUAAAGAAUAUGUGAACAAUUAUUUUCAAACAGCAUACAGAACAGAAACUAAUAUAAUUAGCUAUCUUGCUAAUGCUAACAUAACAUUAGCAUUUAAGCUGAGUGGAUAGCUAAGAAUAAAUAUUAUUUUUAAGCAAUUUUCAAAAAUCCCCCAGAUAUUUUAUUGCAUUAACUUAUUAUUAUUUAAUUUCCCCUUGGGAUCAAUAAAGUAUUUUUUUAUUUAUUUGAAUUUGAAAUAUUUGCUAAAGCCAGAAUAAUUAUAAAUAAUAUAUUUUUUAAAACGUUCACAAACAUUUGACUGGUGACUAGUGAGGGCCUGGUGCACUUCACAUAAUACAUGGUAUCAUAAAAAAAGAACAUUUUGUGGAUUAUUUUCAGCAGAAAUAUGUGUGGACUGUUCACUUUUUUUAACAAAGCAAAGGUAAAUGUGGCAAAGUGCUAAAUAUUUUAGAAAUCUUUUAUCAAAAUUAAAACGAUAAAAGCCAAAAACAUUUGAUCAGGAGUUUAGUAAUCUCUUUAGGAAACAAGAUCAGUGAAAACGACAUUAUCUCUAUUUAGAACUGGACAGCUUUCAGUAGCUUAUUAGCGGAUUAGCUCCCUUUAUUGUGUGAUAAUUUAGAAAAAAAAAUGUAAAUAUGUGUUUAAGUCAAAGUAGUGGAAGCUAUGGUAGCUUUGCUAACCUAUUACAUGUUCUUUACCCUAUUUUCCAUUUAGUUAGAACCACUCACUACAGUUACAGCUCAUGCUGAUACCCUUAUCUCAAAAUGUCAGAUGGACUUUCAUCAUUCUCUAUCACCAUUUUGAAACAACGACUACACUGUUAAUGUAUUAAGAAGAAGAAGAAGAUUAUAAAAUGAAUGAAGCUUUUGAAUAUAAUCUGUCUUGUCAUUUAAAUAGAUUUAAGAUUUAGAGCGCAGUGUAUUCUGGUAUUCUGGUAGUGAUGUAUUCUGAUAUCAAGUGCCUUAGUGGGAAACAAGCUCACCUCUACUGUACCUUCAGCUUUUUAUAUCUGUACAGUACAUUUUAUGUGUUUUUAAUUUAUUCAGAAUGACUUUCAACAUUGGAUUUAUCAUAAUCUAUAGAGCUGUGCGAUAACUAAAUAAAUUAUGAGGUAUAGCUUAAGGUUUUGAAAUAGAUAUUAUUUAAAUGAAUCAUGAGAUUCUUCUGUAUUCACGUUCUUUCUAAUGAUUAGAAUUGUGAACCUGCUUUGUUUACUAUUCUCCUUAUUUAGGUAAUAAAACUAUUUUUUCACAAUGGG